UUUUCACAUGUGUUUAAAAUACAUACUCAAAAUCUUUCUCACACACAUUGCUUGGAAAUUGAAAGGCGUUGGGAAAGAAGAUUAACAACUCCUUUUGUUUCGAACAUGAAGCUGGUGCCUUCAUGGAUAUUGAUUCUGGCCAUGCUAGGGGUUGCUAUUGAUGGAUGCCAAUGCAAGAUUGUGCAGUUUAUUUUCGGAGAUUCGCUUUCUGAUGUUGGUAACAACAAGUACCUCGCUAGGAGUCUUGCUCAGGCUAGCCUGCCUUGGUAUGGUAUAGAUUUUGGCAAUGGACUGCCUAAUGGGAGGUUCACUAAUGGCCGCACUGUUGCUGAUAUAAUAGGUGACAACACUGCUCUGCCAAGGCCGCCUGCUUUUCUUGGUCCAUCUUUAACAGAAGAUGUGAUAUUGGAGAAUGGUGUAAAUUAUGCCUCUGGAGGUGGUGGCAUUUUGAAUGAAACUGGUGGCUACUUUAUUCAAAGGUUUUGUCUCAACAAGCAAAUUGAGUUAUUUCAAGGAACGCAACAGCUGAUCAAAAACAAAAUUGGCCAAGAAGCAGCACAGGAGUUCUUCCAAGAAGCUCGAUAUGUGGUUGCUUUAGGGAGCAAUGACUUCAUUAACAAUUACUUAAUGCCAGUUUACAGCGACUCAUGGAAGUACAAUGAUCAGACCUUCAUUGGCUAUCUGAUGGAAACACUUGAAGCACAACUGAAGACAUUACAUAGCUUAGGGGCAAGACAGCUGAUGGUAUUUGGGCUAGGACCAAUGGGCUGUAUUCCACUCCAAAGGGUUCUGAGUACAUCUGGGAGCUGUCAAGACCGAACAAACAAGCUAGCUAUUGGCUUUAAUCAAGCUACAAGCAAGUUAAUAGGUAGUUUAACCACCAAGCUUGCUAAUGCAAGCUUCAAAUUUGGAGAUGCUUACGAUGUUGUUAAUGACGUGAUCACCAAUCCAACCAAAUAUGGAUUCGAAAACUCAGACUCACCAUGUUGCUCGUUUGGAAGAAUACGACCAGCUCUCACGUGCGUUCCAGCAUCAACAUUGUGCAAGGAUAGAAGCAAGUAUGUGUUUUGGGAUGAAUACCAUCCAUCAGAUAGUGCAAAUGAGUUGAUUGCAAAUGAGCUCAUCAAGAAAUUUGGAUUUUUACGUGUUAAUGAUACAGAUGGUCCUUCCCCUGCACCAGCCGUUGCUCCAUCUCCACAGGGAUAGCAUAUUGAUUCCACCUAGCUUAUCUCUGUUCCAGUAAAAAAAAAUUUCAUAUGAAGUUCAAUGUCCUCCUUUCCUUUUGUAAUUCUUACUAGGAAUCAGGUCAGUGCAAAGAAUUACAAAAUUUUAAGAUAAAUAAUAAUUCCAAUAUAUGUUUAUUUUUAAAUAACAAAA